GUGCUAGCAGCCGCCCCCUCAGCUUCAAGGAGCCAGGCCGGCCCUCAGUGGACAGCGACCGGGCCGGGGAGCUGCAUCCCUCCACAGGUCCCGCCCACCAGUGCCUCUGAAGAUGGUGAGGAUCUUGGCCAAUGGGGACAUUGUACAAGAUGACGACCCCCGAGCCAGGGCCAGCACCCCCUUUCGGAACAUUACAUCUCGGCAGAACUUUUUCACCAGAGGAGAAGGCCAGCCUCAUGGGGGCCCUGCCCCAAACAUCCAUCACUUGGGGCCCAGGCAAGGAGCCCAUCGCUCCCCAUUCUCUGACAUCAACCAGCAGCUGGUGAAUCUGGGCUUUCCCCUGUGGCGCCUGGGGGACCAGGUGGUGGAGCCUGUGAUGUCCAUCCUUCUUCUGUUCCUAGUCAUGAUGCUGGGAGUUCGAGGGCUGCUGCUGGUGGGCCUUGUCUACAUGGUGUCCCAGCUGAGCCUUCGAUGACCCUGGGGAGGGGAAGGGAGGGAGGAGGGGGGAGCUCCUGCGAGAAGGUGUGUGUGUGUGUGUGUGUGUGUGUGUGUGUGUGUGUGUGUGUGUGUGUGAAGCUCCAGUGCUUUAAUAAGGAGUGAGGGGUGACUAGUUGGGGGUGAGGCUCCUUACCUUUUUGGCAAAGGGCCCCAAGGAAACAAGGAAGUGUCUGCUGCUGUCUCCUAGUUCGGCUUGGUAUCUGUCAGGAAAAAGCUUUGCCAUAAGUGGGGCUUCUGAGCCAAAGGGCUUUCAGCUUCUAAGGACUCCAACUCCUUUUUGUCCUUGAAGCUGGAAGACCAUGCUAGAGGAGAUCCCCAAACUCUCUUAGCUCCUCCACUAGGCUUGACUGAGGCUCCCAGGAAUAGAGGCUGGUAGCUGGAGCUGGAGCCAGUCCUCCAGGCCCUUCUGGUCAAAACUUUUUAGCCUGGGGGAUUUUCCCCUUUUCCUUCCAUCUCAACCAAUUCCAAGGAGGAGACCCAGCCCACAGAGAGUCAGGGUACUCACCAGUGCUAACCCUUGGAUUCAGGGCAGUUGUCCCCAAACAAGACAAAGUUCCCAGAGAUGGUUUUCAACUGGGCAGUUCCCAGACGGGAGGGGCACUGCUUCCUGUACCUGGGAAUGGGGAUAGGCUAGAGGGGAUGGCUGAUUCCUAGGGUUAUUUGAUCCUUCCCUGAUGCUGAACCUUAAAUCUGAAGGGGAGAAGUUUUUUUUUAAUUGUGGGGACCUAUUUUAUCCUGAAAACUCUGGCUAGGCUUAGUAUAUAGACAGAAUGAAAUCUCCACAGAAGCGGGGGUCAUAUCUGUGUGUGUUGUCAGGAGGGGAGGGAGGAUGGUGGGUAUACAAUACACUAGAGGAGUCCGUCACUGCCUUGGGACCGAACUACACCCUCUUUAAAGGCCUUUUUCUAAGAUUUUUUUGGGGGGAUGGGGAGAAAACAGAGGCAGGUCUAGGAAAACCUUAGCUGGACAGGCUAGGUCUUAGAGCCCAAGCAGCUCUGGCACUAGUGUGUGUGAGUGGAUGCAAACCCAACGCUUUCUUCUGGGUGAGUUUCAUGGAUAGGGUCUUCACUGGAUCCUUGUACCCAACCAUGGCCCUGGGAUGGGAAGUCUGGACCUGCUGUGGGAGGGGCAGAGCAUGGGGGACCCCAGCUACUGGGGUGGAUCACUGACAUUCCUGGGAUGCUGGGGGAGCUCUCUGUCAGAACAUGACUCCUUUCUCAA